CAUAGCAUACUCUUUGAAAUGAUUUUAUUUAACGUUUUAAUAAAUCAAAUUGAUCAAAGAAUAUAUUAAACACAGAUAAGGAAUUAUCUAUAUUUAUCUGGAAUAAAACGUCAAACAUCCUUUUGGAAUGUUUCUAGAUCGUACAUUUGUGUUUUUUGUCAUAAAACCGUUAAGAUGUUGCGCAACGCAAUACCACCGAGCAAAGAAAUACUCUCAAACACAAACAUCUUGAAGCACUUGGUCGGCGGUUUCGGUAAUGUACAAGUGCAGAGAAACCAGUCAACACAACCAACUACACAAGAAGAAAUCCGACCAUGGUCUCCACAUACCAAAGAUAAAAGCAAUUUGGGCGAAUAUGCUUUUGCUAGAUUGGAUGAUUUGCUGAAUUGGGGUAGAAAGGGCUCAAUGUGGCCAAUGACUUUUGGUCUAGCUUGUUGUGCUGUAGAGAUGAUGCAUUUUGCUGCCCCUAGAUAUGAUAUGGACAGGUUUGGUGUUCUGUUUCGAGCUUCUCCGCGUCAAGCUGAUGUUAUUAUAAUUGCUGGUACUGUAACAAAUAAAAUGGCACCAGCUUUAAGAAAAAUUUAUGAUCAAAUGCCUGAACCCAGAUGGGUUGUUUCCAUGGGAAGUUGUGCCAAUGGUGGCGGAUAUUAUCAUUAUUCUUACUCAGUAGUGAGGGGAUGUGAUCGUAUUAUUCCUGUGGACAUCUAUGUGCCCGGAUGUCCCCCAACGGCUGAAGCUCUUUUAUACGGAAUUCUUCAGUUACAGAAGAAAGUCAAACGAAUGAAUGCAUUAUCAAUGUGGUACCGAAAGUAAUUUACUUAAACAAAACUGUUCUAUUCACAGAGUAAAAGGGAUCUUCGUUUACAAUAAAAUGAUUUCAAAGGUUUGCUGGUUCUGAUAUCAA